CCUCUUUCGCAUACCAUCAUCUCCCCUUGACUUCAGUCUUCUAACUCAUUGACUCUAGCCAAAGCCCUUUUCUGCAUUCCUUCACUUCCCCACUCUCAAACUCCACAGCAUCAUCCCAGCUCCUCUCAUUUUUGCUUAAUUUCUUUGCCUAAUCAAGUUAUGGCAUCCCUGAGUUCGUCGCGGAAUUCCAACUCCUCCUGGACGCCGAAGCAGAACAAGCGGUUCGAGAAGGCCCUGGCUGUGUACGACAAGGACACGCAGGACCGGUGGCACAAUGUGGCCAAGGCUGUGGGUGGAAAAUCAGCUGAGGAAGUCAAGAGGCACUAUGAGAUUCUGGUGCAGGAUCUCAUGCAUAUAGAAUCUGGUCAAGUCGCUAUACCCAAUUACAGGGCCACUGGAAGCAGCUCUAGAGGAAUUGCUGAUUAUGAACAGAGGCUUAUGAAAAAUCUGAAGAUCUGAUGAAGAAAUGUAAAAACCAUAUGCAAUAUUGCCCUGUCAUGCUGCCUAUUAGUUUCUCCUGCUUCCUACCAAGUACCAAGUGUGAAUGUGUUACCAGUUUCAAGGACUAACCACUGUGCUUAUUAUAUCUAUGGUUAUGAAUUUCUACAAGAAAUUAAGCAAUA